AUCAAGAGGAAGCAUUACAUUUACUUUUUCUUUGCAAAAACAAAAAUAUUGUCAGAAAAAACUUAGUCAAAAUGACAGAAGUAGCGAAAUUUGCGGAACAAAUAACAAACGAUAAGAAUAAUACAAAUGUGCGCUGCCAGUUUUGCAACAGUUUGAUGCUGAAGGCGCACGAAGGAAAAUACUGCGAGCAAGAAAUAGAUGUGCCGCUAAUGGUGCAAAGCAAAGACAACGCAGCCGAAUCAUUAAGCACAGAGACUCUGCGUAAUUUCUGGCAGAUCGAUGAUAUGAUGACAUUCGAGAACAUCGGCUUCUCCCACACCGUCGAUGGACGCAAGUUUCUUGUCUGCGCCGACUGUGAACGCGGCCCCGUUGGAUACCAUGAGUUGGCGACCAAGCGCUGUUAUCUAGCGCUACAGCGCGUUGUGCAUUCGGAAAAAUAAUUGGCGACUGGUCACACUCGCAAUUAACAUCCAUAAUGUACUGCCUCACCUCGAUUGUAAUUUAAAAACACAGCUUAGCAAGCAGGAAAGAGUGUGUAAUAUAAUUAAGUUAAUUGGUUCGCAUUCCGCAUAGAACGCAUACACCAUCAUUUUUGUUUUUAUUUUUUUUAUAUUUAUUGUUUUUCGCUCAAACAUUUUACAAUUUUAUUGCAUUAUAAUUAUUGCAUUUAAGGAGGAGAUUCAGAACUAAAAAAAAUAAUGGUCACUAUAAAUGUUGUUUUUGUGUGGCUUACAAAUUGUUGUAACUAAAAUGUACUUUGUAUGGGUUUCUUUUGUUUUUUGUAUCUGCGGUUUUCCCAAUUUCCAUUAUGCGCCCUCGCUUCAACUUUUUCCUAGAUUGUAGCAAAGGGGAAUCCCAAUAGGAUCAAUGGUUCUUUGUUUUAAGUUUUCUUUUUUUUUAUUUUCUUUGGCAGUUGGUUACAACGAGUGUUCAAUAUGUAUGGGGAGCGUGAUUAUCGCUUGGCCUCUGGCGAUGUCCAUUAAGCGUGUUUUUUUUUUAGCUUAACCUAAAUGGUUUGAUUGGGGAUUGAAUUCAAUUGGUUUAUAUCGUUAUCAUUAUAAAUUUGUCUAGAAGAUUUGUAUUAUAUUUAUGAAAAUGUUUAGCAAUCAUUGUUGAUUUGUUAUUUGUUAAAUACUUUUUUGUUUAGCUUUCGUUUGGUUUGUUAGAAAACGUUCUUAUGAAAAUAAAAAAGGGAACUCAGAGCAAAAGUGUUAACAUUUUUUUUUUGUAUAUGUAUGUACUACUAAGUUUUCGUUAAAUGUUUUUUUUUUUAAUUUUUAUUUUUAUCAUCUUAACUACAACGUUUCAUUUGAUUAAAUUUAAUCAUUUACUUUUAUAGGGGGGCUUCGAAUACUUUUCAUGUUGUAAUUACGGUAGGUUUUUGUUGUUGUUGUAUUUCUAUUAUCAUUGCUGUUAUUAAAUACUUUAGUUUCAAAAUCCAUAUUAUUGUAAUGACAUAAUUUUAUUGGCCAAUUGUUGUUUGUUUCAUUUUUUUUUAUAUACACUUAAAGAUUUGUUUCUUUUUGUUUAUAAAGCUUUUGCCAUUUGACAUUGUUGCUGAAAUUAAACUGCAAGAGAAAUACUUGGUGAGAUUAAAGAUUUAACAAUGCUGAAAGAGUAAAAUUACCAACUUACCAACUGUAGCAACUGGUGGAGCAUAAAGUUUUUGUUGUUUGGGCUUUUUGUUUUGUAGAUCAAUGUGAAAAGUUAAAGGACGAACUAAAAGGUUCAACAGAGCAGA